GAAAUCUGAAUCAUCGGAGAAAGGCAGAGUCGAGAUGGUGCUAGAUUUCAAAGGGAAGCCAGCCUUCUUCGGCUAUCGUAUGCCGGCGGAGUGGGAACCACAUCAGCAAUGCUGGAUCGGCUGGCCUGUGAGUUUUCCCAGAAAGACCAGAUAACUGGAGGGAGGAUGCUUAUUAUGGUCAACGUUUGUAUGCUAAUGUUGCAAGCACAAUUUCGGAGUUUGAGCCUGUUACACUGUGUGUGAGUGCUUCUCAGUACACCAAGGCUGCUGAUUUGCACAAGGACAAACCUAAUGUUCGAGUUGUAGAAAUGAGCAUGAAUGAUGCCUGGUUUCGAGAUAUUGGACCAACUCCACACGCAGUCAGGGCACCCAAAAUAUCAAGUUGCUGGCAUAGAUUGGAACUUCAAUUCCUGGGGUGGAUCUGAUGGUUGUUAUAGUGACUGGAGUCUUGAUAUUCUUGUUGCACGCAAGAUUCUAUCCUUGGAGAGGCUUCCCAGAUUUUCACAUCAGAUGAUUCUUGAAGGUGGAAGCAUUCAUGUGGAUGGAGAAGGUUCUUGCAUUACAACUGAAGAAUGUUUACUUAACCCAAAUAGGAAUCCUAAAAUGACCAAGGAAGAAAUUGAGAAUGAACUCAAGAUGUAUCUUGGUGUCAAGAAGGUCAUUUGGUUGCCUAGGGGACUCUAUUGUGAUGAUGACACCAAUGGUCAUAUUGACAACAUGUGUUGCUUUGUUAAGCCAGGCUUGGUGCUUUUAGCAUGGACAGAUGAUGAAAAGGAUCCUCAAUAUGAACGGUCAAUUGAGGCUUUGUCAAUUCUCUCAAACACUAAAGAUGCCAAUAAUAGGAAAAUAGAUGUAAUUAAGCUUCAUGUACCUGGCCCACUUUAUAUGACAGAAGAAGAAGCAAAUGGCAUUCGAAAUUUGGAUGAAAAUGCCAAACCAAGACUAGCAGGUACAAGGCUCGCUGCUUCUUAUAUCAACUUCUACAUUGCAAAUGGAGGAAUAAUUGCACCAGCAUUUGGUGAUGAGAAAUGGGAUAAAGAAGCUUUUCACAUACUUUCGUCGGUAUUUCCGGAUCAUAAGGUAGUAAUGAUCCAAGGUGCAAGGGAAAUUUGUCUUGCUGGUGGAAACAUACACUGCAUCACUCAACACCAACCAGCAAUUCCACAAAUCAAUAAUAAUUAGGAUGCCUGAAGCUGCCUAAUAACUUAUUAUUAUUAUUAUUAUUAUUAUUAUUAUUCUAUCAGUCAAAUUCUUAUUUUGGGAUAUUUGAUAUAUAAUUAUGUGGCUUAUGUAUUUUUAGGUGAUCUGGUACUGCAUCAAUGAUUCCAUUUUCAUUUUAUCAGUUUCAAAAAUAAUUAAAUUUUAUUUGAUACAUCAAUUCUACACAUGAUCAGUAACCCUAAGAUAGAAAUUUGAGAAAGAUCAACAGUUAUAUUUCCUCCAAA